AUGGCUACGGUGGAAAGAGGGAAGUUCGCCAGAGUAAGUGUAGAAAUAGAUCUGAACAGGAAGUUGCAAUCGAGAUUUAUGCUUCGAAAGAGAAUGUUCACAGUAGAGUAUGAGGGGCUAGAAGAAAUUUGCUUUAAGUGUGGAAGAUAUGGUCACAAGCUGGAAAUCUGUCCUCUGAACAUGGAGAGACGAACAGAGCCUAAAGAAGGAAAACAAAACCUGCCGGAAAACAAGGAGUCGAUGCCGGAGCUGAAGGAAGACGACAAGCAAGCCUUGUUUAGCAUGCCAGGGGUGACGUUAGAGGAAGAGUACGGAACAUGGAUGAAAGCAAAACACACUUUAUGA